UUCAUUUUACUGACAGUUUGGAUGGUGGUGCAUCGGACGAAAACGUGGUUUAAUUUGUUAAAUAUGAACUGAUAUAUUUAUUUCUCAAUGUGUAGAAGAUAACCUGGCAAAAUUACGUCCAAAAAGGAAACGAGAGUUCAGGGUUUGGUAGCACUUAGAAAGGGUGGAUUGUACCCCCAGUUUACACAGUGCCCUGAGGGGUCCGUUCCGUUAGCGAGGCUUAACUUUAACGCAGACCCACCCUGGGAACCCAGCUAGCGUCGGCUAAAAGCAAGUGUUCUCACUGGCCAGAGUGCUUAUACAACCAUUCUUUAUCUGUGCUACCAAAUAUCUGUCUACUAUCUAACUGUGAAUCAUGAAGACGUAUAUGGAAACCACACCUAUUGAGCUUCAUCCAUUCAGCCAAUCCAUUCAUUCCAUCGUAGAGCAGCAUGUCCAGGCAGCCAACAAAACAGGUGGAGAUGACCCUUUCAUUGUUGGAGAUCUUGGGGAUGUGAUCUACAAGUAUCGCAACUGGCUGCGCAAUCUACCGCGUGUCAAGCCCUUCUACGCUGUUAAGUGUAAUGAUGACUCUACAGUGUUGAAGCUGCUUGCUGACCUGGGAGCAAACUUUGACUGUGCGAGUAAGGCUGAGAUCCAGAAGGUGUUGUCCCUGGGUGUUCCCGCAGGCCGCAUCAUCUAUGCCAACCCCUGUAAGCAGGCCUCCAUGCUGAGAUAUGCUGCAAAACACGGUGUCUCCAUGAUGACCUUCGAUAACGAGGCCGAGCUCCACAAGGUCAAAAGCAUCUACCCAGAUGCCAAGCUUGUGCUCCGUAUCCUGCCUCCCAGUAACUUCAAGGUUCAGUGCGAGUUGGGCAUAAAGUUCGGCUGUCACCCAUCCAAGGCCUUGAACCUGCUCCAACUGGCCCGCGACCUUGACCUUAAUGUCAUGGGCAUCAGCUUCCAUGUUGGUAGCGGUUGUGAGGAGCCAGAAGCUUUCUCCGUUGCCAUCCAGCAGGCCCGAGUAGUGUUUGACCAGGGGCUCGACCUUGGCUUUCCAAUGACCCUCCUCGACAUUGGCGGGGGGUUCCCCGGACAUGAGGCUGCUCCCGUCAAGUUUGAAACGGUUGCAAAGACUGUUGACAUGGCCCUAGACAGGUAUUUCCCAUCUGAGGAAGGCGUGGAGAUCAUUUCAGAGCCUGGUCGAUACUUUGUGGCCUCAGCCUUCACUCUUGGAGUCAACAUCAUUGCCAAACGUGUGGUCUCCAGGGACCAGCAAGGAGAAAAUGGCGAGUUGAUUGACCAGCCUAGCCUGUCUGAGGAGCCGGCCAUCAUGUACUACGUGAACGAUGGAGUCUAUGGAUCCUUCAACUGCCUUCUUUAUGACCAUGCUGAGGUCUCUGUCAACACACUCAAGAAUGCUGAUGAAGAUGACGAUGAGUUCAAAUAUGAGAGCAGUGUGUGGGGUCCGACUUGCGACGGUCUAGACUGUAUCCUGAAGUCCGUGCCGAUGGGAAUGCACGAUGUUGGGGAGUGGCUGUACUUCCGCGACAUGGGUGCCUACACCGUCUCUGCUGCUUCAACCUUCAAUGGCAUGCCAGCCCCAACCAGGACCUACAUGUGUGACGCUGACCUAUGGUAUGAAGUGUACCCAAAUGUUUGCAAGUCUUACCAUAAGGCCGGUGUCUGUAAAGGUCUGCCCAAAAUGAAGGCAGGACACAGUCUACAGGAGGAGUGGUCCCCUGCUCCAGGAUGUGCCGAGUCCUUUGUCUGCAACUAGACACCCUGAUGCUGCAUGGAGUGGAUUGACUGAUAGCCUUUUAGAUUGAUGGACUAAGAUAUAUGUCUUCAUGAUAAGAUCUCAGUUACAAUGUCAUUUGGAUAUUUGGCAUGUAAAAGCAACCAAAGCAUAGAAAUGAAUUAAAAUUCUAAACUUAAUAUCAGUUUUCCUGAUUGUAAUUGACUAAUUCUGUGAGACAAAUUAAUAGAAUUCAAACUCUUUUUGAAACAUCUUUUACUUUUGAAAGGUGAUGAAUAAGUCAACUGAUAAGACUUGUAACUGAGAUCUGUUUGCCGUGUUUCAUUCCCUUUCUUUCAUUUUCCCUUAUAUUCCAUGUUGAUUGUAUCAAAAACAGCUUGCAGCAGUUCCUCCAGUAGCUCAAAAUAUUUGCACAUUUCAAAACUCUUACAUAAAUGGUCUUUGACGUUAUUAAAGGUGAAACAGAGCUUUAAGGAGCUUUUUCUGUCUGCAUCAAUAUUUCCAGCUAGCAGAGGGCCUGUUGCAAGUCUGUAGUCAGCAGAUGUCAUGGAAUAGGGAGAUUGUCCUGUUCUCUCUAUUUUUGGCACAUUUUUUGUGUUUGAUCAAGGACCAACUCAUUAGGACAAUGAUCUUGUAUAUUUCAAGAUAUCCCAUAACUGGUGUUGCACUCGUUACAUAAAAACUUCUCAUUUUGAAUGUACAUGUAUUAGUAUUAUAUUAAAAGUAUUGCUUUACAUUUUCUAGUCAAGAUCUCGAUUGGACUUAUUAUUGUUCUUUAUUAAUAUGACUUGAAAAUAUUCUGACAGUUUCAAGAUGCUGUUCUUUGUCGAUGUUAGAUGCGUCUAUCUGACUGUUAAUGCUAGGAGCUGAUUUUUCUGAUUUGUCUCAGUGUUUGAACAUAUGGCCACUGAUUUUUACCAGUGUUCAUUAUGUUUUAGGCCAUUAGUUGAACUUUUUUGACAUUUAUUAUGAUAAGUUCAUACUGUUUGUCUCCAUCCGUCAUUCCGUGACAUCUGCUGUGCUUGUAACCCAUGUGGUAUCAGUAUCUUUAACAUAUCUUUUUCUUCUAACAUAUACUCAGAUUCUUAAAAGGAAUGGUUUUAUAAGCACUGAGAACACUUGCUUAAUUUGCCUGGUCAGGGCUUUUAAGUUUUAACCUUAUAGUUGAUCUGUAAGUGUGCUGUAGUUUUUCUGCUUUUUUUGCAGAAAUAUUGCAUCACACUUCAGUUUGUUAAAUGUCGUCAAUAAAAAGUGCUGCAAAGA